CACCCCUAAUGUAUAUUGGGGUCAUGAGUUGAGCCACACGCCGGACGUGCAAGGCCAGACACAUUCAUAGACAGUAUCCACACAUUGUGGUGGCAACAAAAGCUGGACUUACUCAACAAAUGAUUAUCUAAAGUUUCUAACUGCCCUUUUAAGUUUACAAAUCACAUACAGGUAAUAGACACAUGUACCCCAGUGGAUGUAUGAUCGCGUGUGCAGAACAUGUUAAUGUGUAUACAAAGUCAACAAGCAUAGUGUGUAUCAACCAUCCAUUAGGAGUACCAGUGGAGCUCGAGUAAAUUAGCAUGAUUGUCACCUAGGAUAUGUGAUCGUUACAGACAAACAUUCGCAGUGGUGCUCGAGAUACUGAGACAUGACAAAUGACGCUUUCUUAGAUGAACUAAAUGUUCAUGCGAAGCGAGAAGCACCGCCUGUUAACAAUGCAUGUGUGCCGGACAUUUACAACAAACUUGACGCUGACGUAAUCGAAAGGACUCGUGUGGUCAACGCCAUGCUGGACAAACGUCUGCUGGUGCAGGAGAAAGUUCUAAGCAAAUACCAGCACCAGGCAGAAGUAUUUCACAAGAGACAAAAACAGAAAGUGAGUCAGGAGCUGAGGAGAGUUCAGCGGAGACUGCCAAGUAUGGCUGACUUCCACCCGAGUAUAGAAACACGUACCCAGAUAAAGAAACUACGGAUGGUUCAGUGUCACGUACAUACGCCUGUAGGAUUCACGACGACGCCCCGAGAAAUUAAGGGCAUACCGGCAGAAAAGGAUAACAAUCCAUUCUGUGGCCGAUUCUUCUCGCACCAUCUACCAACAAAAGCUAAAUGGUACAAGGACAUACCGAAACCCUCCCGAUCAAUGUACCGCAAUUUGGGGUUACCCCCACACGCCAUGAACAGACGGGUGGUGCUGCUCAUGUCCAGGGGACUUAGCGCUAGUGACAAUUUCUUAGCGGCAGGUAUUGUCCCUCCAAUCAUCGCAGAGGACAGAGAGGCAAUGCAAGACAAUGACGACGCCAUGACAAUAUAAGGACAAAGACAAUACACUAUACAAUUAACGCGUUGUGUUGGUAUUUGGUAAAAUUUACAUUACAAGACACUUACCCUAUAUUUGGUGAACAUACAUUAUAUAUAUAACACAGAAGUUUAAGAUGUAUUCUAUAGCUGCGGGUGAAUCAAUGACGAAAACAAUGGUUUUAAAUAUGUUUUAUCUUUUUUUAAUGUUGUUUAAACGGAUAUAAAGUGUUGUAGUUUCUGCAAACUUCACUUGUUGCCUUAGAUUCUCCAGUAUUUCUUAAGCAGCAAUUAAUUUUCUAUGUUACUAAAAAAUCCAUGUAGUUAUUGGCGAGUGAUUAAUAUAGUAAGUAACAAAUUAAAUCAAGGUCAGAUCGAACGUUUAAGACAAUGUUUAUUUUGUGCAAUCAGAAUCUACAAAAUAUUAAAAUUGAGAAACCCCAAGCCAUUUCCACAAAAAAAUCAUAUUCUAUUGAAAAUACACAUUGUUGAAUAAAACAAAAAUAUAAAAAUACAUACAACUCUUAUCAAACUUCCGUUUUCUUGAAAGCUUGCGAUGAAACUUUUUUAAUAGGUCGAAUAAAUGUUUAUUUAUAAUAGAAACCUUUGUAUUGCUUAUGUUUUUGAUAUUUGAUUCUCUAAAGGUUGAAGCCUCAUUUAAGACAUUAUGAUACCCAGAGAAAGUCUUUAGGCAACACUUCUUAUUCAAUUAGAAAAAGUAACCCUUGUGUAUGAUUGUAUUUUAUGUAAGAGAAGGGAGGGUCGAUUUUGAAAUUUUAAACUCUAAUUAAAUGCAAAACAGGGCGAGUUUUUGAGGGAAUGAGGAAUCAUGUAUUGGAAUCCGGUUGCUCAUUUGCUAUCCCUCACACAUAAACAAAGGAUGACACGAUUGUUUCGAUGAUGGAAAUAUGCUAUAAGAGACAUUUCCAUGUUUUAUAAGUAAUAAGGAAAAUAAUUUUGACAAUUUUCGUUUAUUUCUCAUGAAUAUAAGUUAUGAUAUGUGAUAAAUUUGAUCUUAUGUUUAAUUUUCUAACUUGAUAUAUAGCAUAUAAAAUAUGUGUAUUUUCAUUUAGUUUAAACAAUAUUUCAUUAAUAUUCAAAUACUUACACGCAACAUCACAAUACCAAUCAUAUAUACAUAUAGGAUUGGAAAACAAGCUAAAAGCUUAUACUGAUUCCUUCUCAUUUGCAAUUGGAAUUUGCCCAUUAUAUGUGUAUUUUCAAGAACAAUCUUUCUAGCUCAACUAAUGAAUUGAUAAUGUUCGUAAUUUUGUUUUAUUAAUUUAUUCAAAGAUAUCAAAACAUCCCAUGGUAAUAGAUUGAUCGUAACCACAAACCCGUCAAAUUCUAUUUUAAUGUAUAAAAUGUAAGGUGCCAUUUUACAAGUGGAAUGCAUGAGUAGGUGACUGUUGACUUGGCGAUAGUCACUGUUGACACAGGUUGGGAUCCUAAUGCCAUCCUGUGUGCACUGUCUGUUGGUUGUGAUUCAACAUAGCCGUACAUACUUUAGCCAUUAAACUGUACUUGUGAUAAGUACCGUACAAACAAUAUGUUCUUUUUAUAUUUUACGUCCCACAAGUAUUUGAUUAGAGAGCGAAUCAUACCAAAGUAUGCCAAUCUCUACAUGUUAGACACUCGGGUCAUAUCAUUUUAAUUAGUUCAUUUUCCAUGGAUCUUAUAACAUCAAAGCAGCUAAG